GUGGGGGCUCCGGUCCGGGCUUUGGCUGCGGCCCCGGUGUAGUAGCGGGGGCGGCGGCCGGGGGUAGCGCGGCUCCUUCCCUUGUUGUGUGUGUCGGUGCCUCCUCGCCAUCUUGUUGCAAAGCCUUUUCUUGUCGGCGGGACUCCCGGGGGCCGCGGGGCGGGAGGCAAUAGAAGGAAGGAAGAGAGGGAGGGGAAGGAAGAAGGCAGUGCCGCCUUUUUUUUCCUUUGCAUCAAAUUAUUUUAAAUUUGCAAAUUAUAUUUUGCAAACAUUUUGGGAGACAUUGAUUUUCCUGCCUGGGCUCCCCCGUUCUUGCCUGCCGAGUGCGCUGCGCCGCCCAGCCCUGUCGCCCCCCGGAGGUGAUCCCUCCCUCCUGCCUGCCCGCCAGCCUGUCCUGUGCCUGGCUCGCGGGCCGCAGUCUUGGCCCCGGCGCGCCCCCGGCAGCUCUCAGCGCGAUGAGCAUAGAGACGCUACUGGAGGCGGCCCGCUUCCUGGAAUGGCAAGCGCAGCAACAACAGAGAGCACGUGAGGAGCAGGAGCGUCUUCGCUUGGAGCGGGAACAGGAGCAGAAGAAGGCCAGCAGCCUGGCCAGGCUGGCCCAUGCCCUGCCUGUGGAGGAACCCCGCAUCGAGGCACCACCCCUGCCUCUGUCGCCACCAGCACCCCCACCAGCACCCCCACCAGCACUUGCCACCCCCACCCCACUGACUGUCAUUCCUAUUCCAGUAGUGACCAAUUCCCCUCAGCCCCUGCCCCCACCCCCACCACUGCCCCCUGCAGCCCAGCCUCUGCCCCUGGCACCUCGCCAACCCACCCUGGUUAACACCCCUGGACUCAGCAUUAAGGAUUCUGCUCCCCUGCCCACCAGGCCACAGAUGCCCACCCCUGCACCUCUACUGCCAGACUCCAAGCCCACUGGCAGCCCCAAGCCUUUGCAGCCCCUCCCUACACCCAUCCUGACCAUAGCACCACACCCUGGAGUCCAGCCCCAGCUGGCCCCCCAGCAGCCACCCCCACCCACUCUUGGGACCCUGAAGUUGGCACCAACUGAAGAAGUCAAAUCCAGCGAACAGAAGAAGAGGCCUGGGGGGAUCGGAACCAGAGAAGUCCACAACAAAUUGGAGAAGAACAGGAGGGCCCAUCUGAAGGAAUGCUUUGAGACCCUGAAGCGCAAUAUUCCCAACGUGGACGACAAGAAGACCUCGAAUCUGAGCGUGCUGCGGACGGCACUGCGGUACAUCCAGUCCCUGAAGAGGAAGGAGAAGGAAUAUGAGCAUGAGAUGGAGCGGCUGGCGCGGGAGAAGAUUGCCACGCAGCAGCGGUUAGCAGAGCUCAAACAUGAGCUGAGCCAGUGGAUGGAUGUGCUAGAGAUUGACCGUGUGCUCCGACAGACAGGCCAGCCCGAGGACGACCAGGCUUCCACCUCUACUGCCUCUGAGGGCGAGGACAACAUAGACGAGGAUAUGGAGGAGGACCAGGCCGGCCUGGGCCUUCCCAAGCUGAGCCACCGCCCCCACCCGGAGCUGCCGAAGCCACCGCCCAGCACCGCCCCUGCGCCUCUGCCUCCCCACCCACACUCCCACUCCCAGCCUGUGGCCCUGUCUCCUGCCCAUCUGCCUGGGCAGCAGCCGCCGCCACAGCAGAAGACACCUCUGCCGGCUCCUCCUCCCCCACCAGCUGCCCCUGCCCAGACGCUGGUGCCAGCUCCAGCCCAUUUGGUGGCUGCAUCUGGGGGAGGCUCCACAGUCAUCGCCCACACAGCCACCACCCACGCCUCAGUCAUCCAGACUGUGAACCACGUUCUCCAGGGGCCAGGCGGCAAGCACAUCGCCCACAUUGCCCCCUCAGCCCCCAGCCCUGCUGUGCAGCUGGCACCUGCCACACCCCCUAUUGGCCACAUCACAGUGCACCCUGCCACCCUUAACCACGUGGCCCACCUUGGCUCCCAGCUUCCCCUAUACCCACAGCCUGUGGCAGUGAGCCAGCCCGUGGCGGUGAGCCACAUUGCCCACACCCUCUCGCACCAGCAAGUGAAUGGCACAGCUGGGCUGGGGCCCCCCACCACCGUCAUGGCAAAGCCAGCCGUGGGGGCUCAGGUGGUGCACCACCCCCAGCUGGUAGGCCAGACAGUGCUCAACCCUGUGACCAUGGUCACCAUGCCCUCCUUCCCGGUCAGCACACUCAAGCUGGCUUGAGGAUGAGGCCACUCAGAGGCCCCCAGUGGGGGCAAGGAGGGGGACCUGUCCCCAUAUCUCCCACCAGCUCCACACAUUCCAGUCCGGCCCAGGCCCAACCCACCCACACCCACCCCCAGGCCUCCUAGGGGAAGGGGGUGCAGAGACUCUGAGCCAGGGGAGGGAGGGGCCACCCCAGGGAGCUGGGCACAGGGCAGGGGUUAGCCCACUGCACUGGGACUUGAUAAAGUGAUGAGAGACGCCCUGGUGGACGUGCUGCCGAUUCAGCCUGGUGCUGUUCCUGCCUCCCCAUCCUGUCCCCUGAAGCAGUUUGAUGUGGAUGUCGUGUUCUCUGCCUUCUCCCUCCCCUGCUGCCUUCCUGUGCUGCUGCUGCUGCUAUUGCUCUGUCUGGUGAUGUGGCUGAGGACCUGGGCCCUCCCUCCUGAGCCUCAGCCUCUCUUCCCAGGCCUAUGGAGGGGAAAGGAGGAGCUGAACUGAAGCAACUGGGCUCAGAAAGUUGGGGAGCACUGUGGGCCCUAUUCUGAGUACAGGUGAGAAGUCCUAGGAAGUGGCUGGUCUGGAGUCCUACGCAGACAGGUGGGUGCCCCAGCCUGGGGCUUGCCAACCCAGUUGCAGUCACUGUGAUUCUUUACAGCAGAAACUAGUUAGGAUUUCCUACCAACAGUAAACCAAACCCAAGCUGUGGCCAAGCUUCUGAGCCUUUCACCCCUUACCACUGGGCUCCUGACCUCAAGAGGGCAGGCUGAGGGUGGGGUGGGUGGGAAAGGAGGGGCUUCGCUGCCCCCACCAUCCCCAGCCUGGGUCUGGACUGAGAGCUGCUCUGGACCCCUGUUCCCAUCCCUAGGCGUGGCUUUUGGCUUCCAGAAGGCUGUCACUCCCCCGAUUCCCUGGCCUCUGCUUAAUGCUCUGCACUCCCCUGAGGGAUGGGUGCCUAGGGUGCCACCUGGGAGACAUGACCAGCAUCUGGUCUGGGUUCCAGGAGCCUGAAGCCACAUUGUUGAGGCAAUUAGGAAGUGAAAUGGCAGGGGUUCCUCUAGGCUCCCAACCCUUUCCCAAAUAGGCCCUGGGGACCUGCAGAGGGAGCAGAGCCCAGUGCAGGGCUGCUGCUUCUGCCCCAACAGCUCUGUCUCUAGUAUCAUCUCUGCCCUGAACGUUGCCCUUCUCCAGUGGGCGUCACUGCGUGUGCCCUCCCUGGUGGGGGCUUCUGUGUGCCACUGCCUUCCUCUGAGGAAAGGUCCUUAGUUGGGCCAAGGGCAGGGCUGAGCUUGGGGUGGAGAGGAGGGGAGCUGGUGUGUAGGGGAUGCUGUUUUCCCUGCCUCCACCUUGGCAGACUUUGACUUCUCUUUUUUUUAAAAAAAAAUAUAUUUUUAUUGAUUUUGGAGAGGGAGGGAAAGACAGAAACAUCAAUGAUGAGAGAGAAUCAUUGAUCAGCUGCCUCCUGCACACCCCAACUGGGGAUUGAGCCCCAACACAGGCAUGUGCCCUGACUGGGAAUCGAACCGUGACCUGAUCCAUAGGUCGAUGCUCAACCACUGAGCCACUCUGGCUGGGUGGGUUCUCUUUUUAUGUAGGUAUUUAUUACAAGUGGCCUUGUGUCAGACACACCGUUAUACACACGUGCACACUUGGCUCCCCACCUGGACACACCAAUGGCCUUUCAGUGUGGAGAGAGGACGAGAGUGUCCCUAGGUGUGAAGUUUGCACUGACAGGCUGGGGGUGGGGUAAGUGUUGGGGCCCAGGAUCUUCUGGAGUGGCCCCAGCAGAGGUCUUGGAUAGAUUUAUAUGCCUAAGAACUCCUUUUCAGUUCCUCCCUGGUCCUGGAGACCUCCCAGAGGACUUUCUCCUGUCUCUCUCCUGGGGGAGGCCUUUCAGAUGCCUUAGAGGCCUCCAGGAGAGAGUCCCAUACUGCCCCCAGCCCCACGCAGCGCUCCCACCUCACAAGCUUGCUGCCUUCCUGCACUUGCAGCCGCCAGCACCACCCCGGUUCUCUGUGGAGCCAGUUCCACUCCCGAUGUGAUUACAAUGGAAAGAACAGGGAGAAGGGCAGGCCUGGUGCCCAGGGAAUGGUCAAACUGGUGAACUGCCUCUCCUCAGCUCCGUUCACCUCCCUACAUCCUGAGGCUGGUCCAGAGUUAAAACUUUUGUCAGCCAGUCGCCCCUCGGGCCUGCACAGAUACCUCAUCCGCCUGCUGCCCGUGCCCCUCUCCGUCCCCAGCAGUGGGGGCUCUGAAUCUAGUGCCGAAUGACUAUGUCCAGACUGGUGACGAUGGGUGUUGCUGUUCUUGUUGUUUGUGAAUGCUGUGACUCUGUGUGCCCGAGAGGGCAGCCGCCCAGCCCUUUGGGCAUCUCCCUUCUGAGAGCUAUCAGGACCACAUCUGUCCUCACCCUGUGGGACCGCCUGCCCCUGCCCUCCCCUCCCUAGCCCUUCCAGCCUGGGGGACAUGCGCACACACACAUCUUACCUCUCAUGCGUGUUUUACUUUUUGAUGUUCAGAGUGGCUCACUGGCUGGGAAUCUUUACCUCGGGGAGAGGGGGAGGUUGGUUCCUUGGGGGGGGCCAAAGAAGGGCAGGGAAUGCCUGGAGGGAAACGGGGGCGGGGGUCACCAGAACCCCUGCUCUCUCCAGGAACAGCUGCUGCUCCCCCAUCCCAGGGUCCCACCCCCAUCCCCCAAAGAGGUGGCCCUUGUUUACAGUGAGGACUCGGUCACUGUGUCUCCGUUUCCUGAAAUAUAAAUCGUAGUGACCCCAGACUGUAGAGAUUUUUAUGUGUUUGGAUACAUCUGCUGUGUGGGAAAAAAAACUACAAAAAACCCUACUUUUGUACAUAUUGUAUUUUUACUAUUGAACUGUAUUCUAGUGGCUGUUCAUGCUCCAAGACUUUAGGUAUUGAGACAUGAAUACUAUCCAUGUAAUAAGCACUUGCCUGGAAUAAAAUAUAAAAUUGAAAUAAACCUGCACUGAAACCUGA